CACACACCGGUAUAAGUUCAGCUGUUUGCACACACAGUGACACUCUCUGCAGUCAGUCUCUGCCUCAUUAGUGCUUCUUCACUACACCAAAAUGAAGCUGCUAUCAACCCUCCUCUUUUUGUGCCUGCUGCUUGCUUUUACCUCUGGAGCCCCAGCACAAGAACCAACAGAACCAGAAAGCACACAGGCUGCACUUCCAGAUCGCUGUUCAGGCAUCGAGUUUGAUGCAAUUGUCCCUGAUGAGAAAGGAAGAACUUUUUUCUUCAAAGGUUCUCACUUAUGGAAGGGUUACGAAGGUGAUGCUCAGCCAUCUACAAAUUUCUUCAAAGAGCUAGACGACAUUCAUGGUAUUGGUCAUGUUGAUGCUGCUUUCCGAAUGCACAACCCAGAAAACUCCAAUGACCACGACCACAUCUAUUUUUUCCAGGAUGAUAAAGUAUUCAGCUAUUAUAACGAAAGUCUGGAGGAAGGUUAUCCUAAAACUAUCCAAGAGGACUUCCAAGGAGUGCCUUCUCACUUGGGUGCUGCAGUGGAGUGUCCUAAAACGGAAUGCAAAUCGGACUCUGUGCUUUUCUUUAAAGGACAAGAUGUAUACGUGUAUGACAUCCCCACCAAGGCAGUGAAGACAAAGUCGUGGACGCACCUGCCGAACUGCACCUCCGCCCUGCGUUGGCUGGAACAUUUCUACUGUUUCCAUGGACACAACUUCACCAGGUUCCACCCAGUGACAGGUCAGGUCACCGGAAACUACCCCAAGGAUGCCCGCAACUUCUUCAUGAGAUGUGACAAAGGGUUUGGGCAUGGGCAUGGCUAUAAGCGUCCCAAGUGCAGUGACAUCAAGUUGGAUGCCAUUACCACUGAUGAUACCGGCAAGACGUAUUUCUUUGCAGGUCCCAUCUACAUGCGCUUGGACACUGCUCGAGAUGGUCUUCAUGCCUUCCCCAUUAAAAGGUCUUGGAGAGAGGUGGCCAGUGGAGUGGAUGCAGUCUUCUCUUACACUGACAGAAUGUACAUGAUCAAGAAUGAUAAGGUGUACAUCUACAGAGGAGAUGCCCAUUACACUCUUAUUGAAGGAUACCCCAAAACCCUCAAAGAAGAGUUGAACAUUGAAGGAAAAGUAGACGCGGCUUUUGUGUGUCCCUCUGAGGAUACAGUGUAUGUUAUUCAAGGUCGCAGUUUACGGGCCAUUGACCUGAGUGCCACUCCUAGGGUUGUACUCCGAGACCUGCCCCUUCCCUUGUCAAACAUUGAUGCUGCCCACUGCAGUUCAGAUGGGAUCAAACUAUACCAAGGUGGAGUGUAUUUUGAAUAUGCAACUCCCAUGUUAUUGACUGCAAGCAGAAUAGCCCCACAGCCUCAGAAUUUACCUGCCCAGCAGUUUGGGUGUGAGGAAUAACGUUGUAAAAUAGGAAUGAAUAGCCUAAUAACAAGGGUUUCUUUUCUUUUUCUUUGUAAAUAAACCCUUUUGCUAAA